AUGUCUAUAUCUACUAAUUUAGAACUUGCUGGAGAUCUCUUUGCAGGCAUCAGAGCAGAGGAAGAAGAAGGCGAAGAUGAAAAAGUAGAAGAACCUGUUUUGCCAUCUGUUCCAGAGGAAGGUAAUUCAAGGAAAAGGAAUUACGACUCAAAUAUCCCUGAUGAUCCAUUUGACAUACUUGAAAUGGAGGUGUCUCCUCCAAAGAAGAAACCGGCCUGGGUUGAUGAGGAUGAUGAAAAUGUUAAGAUAAAAGAUGUAGUAGCCAACAUGGUUCGGGCACGGGGAAAGCGAGGCUUCAAAGAAACGUCAGAGAAGAAAUAUGAGAGCGAGUUACGCGAAAAGUUCAGCAACGUGAUUGGGGGAACUCCCGACUGGGCAGAUUUAGAUAAAAAACCAAAGGAUGAAGAUGAAGAGAAUGAAUUGGUCAGGAAAACUGGCAAUUAUCUAUCUGGAAAAUCAUCGGUGGAGCUCCCCAGGAGAACGCUCGAGUACAAACAGAUGUUGGAUCUAAACAGCUCACAUACUGAAGGCGCAUUAAUUCAGGCAAUUGACUUCAACCCCGACCUUCAAGUGGCAAUAGUUGCAGGAUCACUAGGACACUUAGGAUCAGCGUCUCUCUUUCAGGUCGACGGCAACAGUAACCAUCGAAUUCAUUCUGUUCGCUUUCCGAGUUACCCCAUCACCUGCGCUCGCUUCCUGAGAGAUGGCAGGAAGUUUGUUGUGGGGUCGCAGGCACACACCCACUUCUUUGUUUAUGAUAUGGAAACGUCAAAAGAAACAAAGUUGUUUGUCAACAAGAAAUUUGAGAAGAGUGUCGAUAAGAACUUGUAUGUUAACCCCGAUGGUGAAACAUUCAUAUAUCUGGACAACAGAGGCAAGAUGUUUGUUUACGACGCAGCCUCCCUGUCUCUCGUAGAUAUUAUGGAGUCCCCCUUUCCUGUCACCUCUGCAACCUUCAAUUCAGAUGGCACAAGGAUGUAUACAUAUGGGCAAACAGGAGAAGUGUGCAUAUGGGACAUGAGUUCAAGAAUGUGCAUACACAGAUUCGCCGACGAAGGAUGCAUCGCUGGUGAUGUCAUUGCUAUGUCCCCAAACAACCAGUACUUGGCUUGUGGGUCUCGUUCUGGCAUUGUUAACAUUUACGACUCCUCUGCGACAUCAAGCAGAGAACCUGUUCCAGUUAAAGUGUUAUCCAAUUUGACUACGUCUGUAACUGCUCUCAGUUUCAAUGCAUCUUCGGAAAUACUAGCCAUGGGAUCAAACAGGAAGCCUAAUGCAGUCAAGCUAGUUCAUUUCCCAUCAAUGACGGUCUUCGAAAACUUCCCAAAUCUUAGAAAAGAACUGAAGAGAAUUUUGUCCGUGGGGUUUUCUUCACACAGUGGUUACCUUGCUCUUGGAGAUAAUGCAGGAGCUGCUACUCUCUUCAGAUUAAAACAUUUUCCAAAUUAUUAAUUGUUAUGCAAUAUUGUUUGAAAUUUCUAGUGAAUAAAUUAUUUUACAAAAAG